AUGAAUAUCAUAGCUUUGAUGCCAGCCACUGAAGCAUAUGAGGUUCUACUUAGGAAUUGGGGUGGUUACAGUGGAGCUAGUUGUUGUGUUUGGCAGGAAGAUUCUCAACACAACUUCAUAACUUUUAUACCUCCAAAUGUACCCCUUAAAAAUAAUGCUUAUUAUUGUUUCAGUUGUGCGACCUUCGAUGGUAUGGAAAAAUGGGGUGCGGAUUUAAGAAAUGGUAUUCUUACUUAUCAUACGAUAGAUAAUACUACAACAUACUGGGUUGAUCUUGGAGUUACUAAUCCUGGUGAUUAUACUGAUACAAAUGAAGGUGGUUAUAACAAAGAUACGUGUUUCCACGUAUAUGGUGGUCCUGUUAAUGAAGCAGAACUUACAGAAGCACCUUACGAAGAAUGUCAAAAAAUCAGAGAUUCAAAAUAA